ACUUUUCAAACUCAAAAAGCUUACUCUCAUGUCACUAUCCCAAAACUAAGAUCAAAAGUCAUAGAUAUAAAGUUAGUCCAUCAUACAAUAAUGAUGAAUUUCAUAUAAAAACACAUACAUUAUACUAUAUAAUACUCUUUUUUAGUAUCUUCUUUGACUAACUUUUAGGAAACAUAGAACUCCCAAAACAAAAGUUGUGAAAUCCGAAUCAAAUAAACCUUCUAUUCACACACCAAAAAAACAAUAACAGCAACAAAUAAUUCCUCAUUCGAGAUUCGAAAAAGUCGAAAAUAAUGUUACUAGGCAAGAAAUCUUACUACGUUAUUUUGGUUUCCAUUGUCCUUGUUUUACCAAUUUCAUUGGUAGCGGGUGAUUGUACGUGUGAACGUGAUGAGGUUACGGGCAAUAAUAGUAACAACGCGGCCUUAAAAUAUAAACUCGGGGCAAUUGCCGCUAUACUAGCGGCAAGUGCCCUAGGAGUAUGUCUCCCUAUAGUAGGAAAAAGUUUCCCAGCGUUACACCCCGAGAGUAAUUUAUUUUUCCUAGUAAAGACGUUCGCGGCCGGGGUAAUUUUAUCCACGGGAUUUAUUCACGUGUUACCCGACGCGUUCGAAAGUCUUACUAGCCCUUGCCUUAAGGAGAGUCAGUGGGGGAAGUUCCCCUUCACCGGACUCGCCGCUAUGGUAGGGGCUCUAGGGAGUUUGAUGAUAGAUGCUUUCGCCACCGGACACUAUCGUAGGGUCCACUUUGGGAAGCCGACCGUGGAGGCGAGUGUGGAUGAAGAGAAUAGUGGUGAUCAUGCCGGGCAUGUACACCUUCAUACUCAUGCUACUCAUGGACAUGCCCAUGGUCCGGGUCCAAGUGCUACCCCUGAAGGGUUGACUGAAUUAGAUCGUAUCAGAUAUAAAGUUACCUCACAGGUGUUGGAGAUGGGUAUUGUGGUUCAUUCAGUAAUCAUAGGAAUAUCACUAGGUACUUCUGAAAGCCUCGACACCAUCAAGCCUCUCAUGGCGGCUUUGUGUUUCCAUCAAUUCUUCGAGGGUGUAGGACUUGGUGGAUGCAUUGUACAGGCAGCUUUCAAGUCAGCAUCUACGUUGUGCAUGGCAUUGUUCUUCUCCCUUACAACUCCGGUAGGAAUUGCAAUCGGAAUCGGAAUAUCUAAUGUCUAUGAUGAAAGUAGUCCAACAGCUCUUAUUGUUCAAGGGUUGCUAGAUGCGGUGGCGGCCGGAAUUUUGAUUUACAUGGCACUUGUAGAUCUUCUAGCUCAAGAUUUUAUGAACCCUAAGGUUCAAAACAACACUAGACUUUUCUUUGGAGCAAAUCUUACCUUGCUACUUGGUGCUGGUUUUAUGGCUGUCUUAGCUAUAUGGGCUUAAUUUUUUUACCAUGACUUUAAACAUUUUUGUGACGUGAUCACUGAUUAUAUUGAUUUUUACCUCUAAUUUUUUUUUUUUUGAGUGUAAUCGGGUGAUGAGCUACAUAUAUUUUUGUACUCUGUAUGAU